AUGAGCCGCGCACAGCUCUGCGCACUCCCAGCGCAGCGGUUGUUGCCCGGUUUCAUCCGCGCCAUCGAUUGCCAGGACGCGCUAGACGCCCUCGAUGAAGGAACGGGCACCGGUGACCCUUUGGCAGGCCUGACACCAGAGCAACUAGAGUACAUUCGACAGCUUAUCAUCGCCAUCUAUGAGGGGAGAGCGAUAGCUGCGAGUUAUAAUGUCUUUAUUGUUUGUAUAAUCGCGGUGCUUGCAGUGUUGCACUGGCGGGAGCAGAAGCGAGACAAGCAAAAAUGGACGGCUAUUCAGCAAGUUUCAUCAGGAAGAACAGCAACCGAAAACAGCCAGAUUGAUGAAUCAGGGACUUCCACGCCUUCGUCAUCAUCCUCGACCACCAUUUUCCCUCAGACAACCCACAUUAAAAGCCCCGAAGACGAAGUAGACGUUGACCUCGAACGCCUUCCCCUAUUAGCCAGUUCACAGCCAGCAAAGCACUUCCAACCCAACCGUGUCACUAACAGACUCAGAUCAUGGCUUCUCUACCAACCCCCACCAAUUCCCAUCAUCAACCGUGUCCUCCCCUCCAUCGGCACCACCCUCUUCAUUCUCUCCUGGCUUGCCCUUAACAUCUUCAUUCAGUUCUACCGCCUCCCGAUGAAAUGGUCCUUCUUCUUCAUUUUCGCCGACAAAGCUGGCUUCCUCUUCAUCGUCAACCUCCCCUUACUCUACCUCCUGUCAGCCAAGAACCAACCUUUACGUCGGUUGACAGGCUACAGCUAUGAAGCUCUCAACAUCUUCCACCGCAGAGUGGGAGAAUGGAUGUGCUUCGUUGCCGUUGUCCACUUCAUCAGCAUGCUUCUAUACCAGUUCGUUAUCGCAGAAGACUGGCUUCUGGCCUCGCAGUCACCAAAGGCGUACUUCACCCACCCGCUCAUCUUGUUCGGCAUCGGCACUUUUGUCAGCUACGAACUGUUAUUCUUCACCAGCUUGGGAAGCUUCAGACAGAGAUGGUAUGAGCUCUUCCUCGCUUCCCAUGUCAUUCUCCAGGUCGCAGCACUCGGAUUUCUCUGGGGACACUUUUACACCAGUCGACCCUACGUAAUCAUCGCUUUGGCUAUUUUCCUCCUCGAUAGGCUUGUGUGGAGGAUGAGCAUCAAGCGGGUCGCCAUGGAAAUGGAUCUUACGGUGCUAGAUGGGGAGACAUACUUGGUGUCAGGUGAUUGGGAUGUUCUCCCUGGGGCAAAUGGUGUUUUGGCAGGUUGGGAGCCGACGGAUCAUGUCUUCUUGACGGUGCCAGCUUUGGGUCGGAGUUAUGCGUUGCAGGCGCAUCCUUUCACAAUCGCCUCAGCCGCGCCUGACAAGGGAGUGGAACGAGAAGAAGGGGGGAGACAUGCCUGGUUCAGUCUCUUGAUCAGAGCCCAGUUCGGGAACUUUCCCGGCGGAUUCACGAGGCAGUUGCUCAAGCACGCCAAGACGCACAAAAGGGUAGAGGUCCAGCUGGAUGGGCCCUAUGGCUCGCCGCAUGCGUUGAGUAUGCUGAGAGCGUCCAACAAUGUGAUACUGGUGGCAGGAGGUAGCGGGAUCGCAGUGACGUUCCCGCUUGUGUGGGCGCUUCUUCACGAAGCAGCAUCUCAGACAGACUCCGAGGAAGAUGAAGAUAAGCAAGUGCCGUCCUCGAGUAAACAGAAGAAGGCAAGAGGGAGAAAAGUCCACAUGCUCUGGGUUACGCACUCGCACUGGCACCAGAAAUGGAUUCCGAAGGAGCAGCUCGACGACCUCGUCGCGCUGGGUUUGGAUUUGGUCGUGCCUCCCCCAACCAUGGAUGCAGGCAGACCGGAAGUGCAUGGGAUUGUGGGUCAAUGGAUCCAGGAGGCCGAAGGCGAUUCGAGCGUGCUCGUGUCUGGUCCCGAUGGCUUGAACAGAGUUGUGAGAAACGUUGUGGCCGGGGCUGUCAGACAAGGGAAGAAUGUCCGGAUAGCAGUGGAGAAGUUUGGGUGGUGA